AUGCUGAGAAAUACGAAGAUUUGGACAGGCCAGUGCCAUUGUGGAGCUGUGCGUUUCGAGACUACCCUCACCGAUGGGCUCAAUUCGGCCCUUCGUUGCAACUGUUCUUACUGCCUGAUGCGAGGUGCCGUUGUUGUCCUGGCGCCUACGGGGAUCAAGUUUCUAAAGGGCAAGGACGAGCUUGUAAGCUAUCGCUUCCACAGUAGAUCGGUGGAGCAUUUCUUUUGUUCUCAUUGUGGAAUAUACACUCAUCAUCAAAGACGAUCUGACCAGAGCAAGCUUGGAGUGAAUGUAGCUUGCUUAGACGGGAUAAGUCCAUUCGAUUUCGAAGAUUUACCGGUGGUAGAUGGUGCCAACCAUCCGAAGGAUACUGGCAAGCCAUCGAGAUUGGCAGGCCAUCUCCGUUUCAUACCAUCUCAAUAA